AUGCGAAGGUUCUCACUUGCCGAGAAGUUCGCUUCUCGCUGGGGUGUCUCGUCUCGUCGUACAGACAGCAUCGGCAAACGCAGACAGUUUCCCCCACAUCAUCAUUUCAGUUGCCUUGGGCAGGUACUUUGCGUCGCGGCCUUUGCAAAUACAACGACCUGGGAUAUUUCCGCACAUAGAACGCCACAAACUUACCAUCGCAAUUCCAUACGGCAAUUGACUACGACAAGUCAACGAUGGAACAGCGAACUCACUGUUCCACGUCCUGCAACUUUCGAGAGAAUACCCCGACCACCUCUACCAAAAUGGAGCUCACCCCAAGAGGAGGCCCAAUAUAGAGCGUACUUCUUCCGAGUCCUUGAGAACGGACAACCGAACCAAGUGAGGGAAGCCAUGGCCAACCCACGGUCGGCAGAGCUAGUUGGAUCGCUUGCACCAACCGUGUUUAUCGAAGCCCUACAUCUCCUCUCUCCGGCUCAUUUCGUCAUACCCUACCGAGAUCUUCACCAUACGCUGCACUGGUGGGUAGUGUUAACCCUAGGGCUCAAAACCUUGGAAGCGGUGUUCGACAAAUUUACGAGGGACUUACUCACGAUCAUUCAAUAUAGAACCGUGGCUGGGCAUCCACCUCAGCUAGCGGAGUACACUCACCUCUUCGACUGCGCUCAGGCGAUGGGAAAUGGCCCCUUAAUCACUGCCCUCUGGGAUGGGAUGCAUGCCAACAAUGUUACUCCUGACGCCGUGUGCUAUAAUCACUAUAUGUCAGCAUUGGUCUGGAACCACUGCUACAUCGGAAAGGAAGAAUACAAUACUCGCAUCACCCCUCACAGCUACAGAAAGCGGCGCAUGAUAGAUCCAAAUCCUGGAUAUCGUGGCUACGCAACGGGGUGGAACAGUGUCAAAGGAACUGUGCUGGACAUAUUCAGUCAAAUGAGCCAGGACGGGUUUCCUGGGGAUGUGCAGACAUAUAUCAACGUCCUCCUCGCAUCAGCCCGAGUCGGCGACAUGAAAGCUAUCAAGAAUACCCUCAAGACUGUAUGGAACGUCGAUGUUGAUGCCAUCUUGGCUGAGGGGGAUGACUCAAAAUUGCCGCCGGUUACGCCCUAUGACACUUGGUCUGGUCUGUAUCCAACUGAACAGCUUCUUUUCGCUGUAGCCCAUGCCUUUGGCACCAACAACGACAUCUACGCCGCCAUGAGGACAGUAGACUUCAUGGCUUCCUCGUACAACAUCACCAUUUCGGGCAAGGUCUGGUCCGAGUUGUUUCAAAGGACGUUCGCUCUCUCCAAAGUACACAAGCGGACGCAGGCAGAAGAUGGACGAAAGGGCCAAGUCGCAAGAGAGCUGGUCCGCGACAUGUUUCAGAUAUUGACGACGGAGCCAUACAAUGUUCCAGCUACUGUGCAAAUGUACCGAUAUAUGACCCAAACCAACAGAAUGGACGGCAAUCUAGAGGCUUGCAAAACUGACAUGCGUAAAGCAUAUGAAAUCUUGAGCCAAACGAGGUCAAAAAGGAAGGAAGCGAGAGACACCGUUAUGCAAUGUAUGCAACCAGUCCUACACAGCAUGAGAGCACCACCGAUGGACAACGGGAAGCAAUCGCGGCAUCCAAUCCAUUACCAACGAUGGAAAGGCAUGAAACCAGACCUGUCACUAUUACAAUGUCCCCUGCUUGCCGAAGCCAUCAAUACGUAUGACCUCCUCCGGCUCGAAGUCUUCCAGCAGAUUUAUCAAAUACAACGCAUGGCCCAUUCAGUGAUCACCACCGAUAAGUGGAGUGACAUAUCGCUCAAAGCCUGGGAGCUCCAGGAACGGCCCAAGCUGUUGGAAGAAUGGAAAGACUUUCUGCCAGAGCGUAUUAGAUAUGAAUAUAGAGACGGAGAGGUUGGAACCGUUAAUUUCCAAGGCAAUACGGGGCACAAGAGCCGCCACAUGAGCCAGCAUGGCCUCAUUCAUGCACGGCGGAUACCGGAUGGGUCGGAACUGUUCGAACCGGUUGAGCCCAAGGUCCUUGAUGAUAAGAUAUUCUGGGAAACCUUGCUCUAUGUGUACCCCCAGCUGGACCAGUCUAUUUCGCCGCUCAAACGCAUCUACUUCUUCCAGAUCAGGCAGAACAGAGCAUUAAGGGACAAGCUCGAAAGGCUGAAAACAUGGGUGGAUUACCCGGAAGAGCAUCCUUUGUCGCAACAGAAUAAUCCUUCUGGUGGGUUUUAUGGUCGCCUUCAUGCAUUGGGCUUUCGUGCUAAACCCCAGAAUUCCAUUUUCUGGCGGGAUAGCAAUCCUUGGUGUUGA